AUGCGAUGCGCCGCCGUUGGAGAGAGUCGGAAAUGGAGAGGAUUCGUGGAUGGGCAGGGCGGCGGUACCUCCAAGGUCGUUCGACAGCCAAUGGACCAGCAAAGAGAUGCAGACUCUACGGCUAAACGACUUGCGGUAUACAAUGCAGGUACUCCCAUGUUGGACUUGGUCCGAGGCCUGUCUAAUCCCCACUUCACCGUUCCGAGAGCCAGAGAGCGAAAGAGUCCGCCCGCCUUCUUGCUGCUCACAAUCGAAUCGGUCGUUCCUCUUAUUGAGACGCUCUACUCUAACACUCCCUAUCGCUCCCUCAACAUUAUCCCGCAAGAUGCGCAACUCCUCUCGAGGUUGGGCAAGGCGGCUCCUCCGUCGACGCUGAUUCAGAUCAUCGCGGAAAAAGGCGCUCUUGGAUCUCUACCCAUGUCCACCAUGUGCUUGGGUGCCAUCGACAUACAAGUCUACCCACAUAAAUAUUCGCAAUGA